GCGCGUACGUGCGGGUGCUUUACGUCAGGCGUAUGAGCGUAUGAGUGAUAUACAUAGUGGGCGAGCGGAAAAGAGUACGAGCGAGCCAGCUGAUCCGAGCUACCGAUUCACCGACGCGUUUUUCCCAAUAAAUCCCAACAAUUAAUUCAUGAUAUUGAGAAUUGUGACAAAUCAGUGCCAAUAUUGAAACACAAGCGAAAGUGAGGUUAUGUGUGCCCCCUAGUGCCAAAUUAGAUUAAGCCAAAACCAAAACAAAGAAAAGCAGAUGGAAAGCAACGCAUUUGGCAGCAGCCAUUUGCCAUCUCAAGCGCUUGUUGUUCUCUCGGAAGCGGCUUCCGGUUUGCAUGAGGCUCUACGUGGACAACGACCGUUUCCAGCGAGAUUACCUGACGCCAAAGAUCUUCACAACAUGUCACUAGUCGGCAACUACUUCAACCAGCACCUGCUGAUCAACCACGGGAUGCUGGUGGCGAACGGAGCAGCUGCGGCGGCGGCGGCUGCGGGAGCGGGUCCGGCCAGCUACUUUGCCAGCGACCGGUCGCCGCUGGGGAAGCCGUCGGUGCUGUCGAACUUCUCACUGCCGUCGGCCUUCUCGCCGCCCAAGUACAUCGGCAUAUCCUUGGACCAGAAUCUGUUCAACGGCAGCGAAUCAUUUCGCACGGAUUCGGCCAGUCCCACAUGCACAUCCCAUGAAUCCAUGGAGGGAUCACAGGAUUACGAUGCCGUUGAAAAGGGUGAAAGUCCGCGCAGCAAUAAUUCUCAGGAUCCCAGGGAUUUGAGACAUCUGCACAGCGCGGGGAAGAGCCACCAGGCACUGGCCACCUCCUCGUCGGCAUCCAGCUCCUCGUCCUCCUCCUGCUCGACCAGCAAUCCGGCCAUCAGCACGGCGGCCAGUAGCGUGGCCGUUUCGAUGGCCAGCCACCUGGCCGCCGCCUCCCCGCACUCCCACGCGCACUCGCACCACCCUCACAAUCCCCACUCGCACCCGCAUCCCCUGGCCCAUCCGCAUGCCCAUCCGCACCACGGCCACCAUGUGGGAGCACCGCCCCCUGUCUCCACGGCGGUGACGACCCACCAUCACAUGGCCCACCCGCAUCCGUUGUCGCACCACCACGCCGCCCAUCACGCGGCCUUGGCCAGCCUGAGCAUGGCGGGGCUGCGGGCAGUGCCCGGGGGCCUGAGCCUGGUCAGUGGACUGCAGGCCGCCGCCGCCGGUGGAGCCAUCCCGGAUCUGUGUCCGGUCUGCGGGCUGAAGCUGAGCGCCGAGGAGUGGCACACGCACUUCCUCACCGAGCUGGACAGGCUCUACAAGCUGAGUGCGGGCUUCGAGCGGGCCAAUCUUCAGGCCACCUACAUGUUUGCCCCACCGUGUCCGGCCCAGGAGAACGCCAUCCGCACGAGUCACAACCGCUGGGAGACUUUCCAGAGAAUAAGAAACAAUCGCCAGAACCGCCUGAGACUCAAAGUUCGAAAGCGCAAGUACGGGGAGAUGUACAUGAUGGAGAGUCUAUACUGCAGUAGUUGUCCGAUUUGUAAGAGGAAGUAUGCACUGGAAACGGGGAAGAUGCCACCAGAGGACGAUGCCAAAUCCCAGGAAGAGAUCGAAACAGUGGAUGUCGAGAGCUGCAACGAUGAUGUACCCGAUUCGGGUUCGGAACUAACCGGUGCAGGGUCUGUAGGCUCAGGCUCUAUCCUUCCGCCCUCCAGCAUGCACAACAGCAAUGCCCAGCCAGGAAAGCUGGACGGGAUUCUAUACCGAACGGCCUGUGUGAUCAACCAGAAGGAUGCCCAUGCCGACGAGCAGGAUGUGAGCACCAAUGUAACAACGGCCAGCAGUAGCAGUUGGCCGGGCGAGGCUAAUGCCCCACCUCAGGCACAUAUCAGUGUGAAAACCGUCAGCGAGCUGUCAUCUACCACACAUCACUAUUACAACGCCGAUUCCUGCGGCGGGGGCGUUAACGACAACAACAGUAGCAGUAGCACCAAUAACAGCAACAACAACAACACCACCGGUGGUGGCAGUGGCAACAACAACAAGGAGCUAAUGAUGGACACGGCAUCGUGUCAGAAUGACAGCGAUGAGGACGUGAUUGUUGACGACGACGACACCGUCAAGGUGUCGAGCAAAAUCAAUUACAGCAAAGUUCAGCGAAGGCAGGAGGAGCAGAAUGUGGGCAGUAGCAGAUCCCUGGAAAACAUUUCACCUGUGGAGGAGCGACCCAGAUCUGAGCCGCAGGUGAGCAGUACGGAACCUGGACCCAUGGAUGUAUCCCACAAUAAUAACAACAACAACAAUAGUAGCAAUAACAACAACAAUCCGUCAUCCAAAUAUGCGGAGAGCAUGGAGAAUAGCCUGUCGCAGUUGUCGUCAAUGGGCGUGCCAGGAUUAACGCAAUUGGACACAAAGGUGGGGAUUAGUUCGGAUUUAAAACCGGACGAUGAAAACAAGUGUUUCAUUUGUAAGACAGGCAUAAAGGAUCUCAAUACGGAUGCCUUCCUGCGCGGUCGUAACUUUUACUUCCACCAGAGCUGUGCCAAUGUCAUGAGCAGCUAUCGCCUGAACAAGGAGCUACUUAGCCAGGCCCAGAGCCAGCAGAGGGCGGUGGCCGGAAGUGGCGAGGCGGUAACUGCCACGGCCACGCCCCGCAGCCUGUCGCCCGCCCAGUCGCCACAACAAAGUGUGCCCCAAGCCAUGGAGUGAACAUGAAUGAUUGCAAUCAAAGCGUGAAUUUAUUAAAAUUAAUUAAUAAAAUAUUGUAUUUGAGGUAGCUAAUGAAUCGCGAUGAUAAUGAUGAUGUUUAAUUGAGCGAAUCAGCCCCAAAGUAGGCAACACUCUUUCGGUUCAGCUCCCGCCCACCAAAGUUCCCCUCCACCUCCCUCUCCCUAUUUUCCGACACUGUAAAAAUCGGACAAAACUAAAAACAAGUAUAUUUAUUCAAUAUUUCUCAUUUAAAAUGGAAUCGGUUUUAAUUAUACAAUAAUUUAGUGCAAUUUUUGGUUGCCUUCUCGAAAAUGUCAUAUACAUUUAUGUGUACUUAAUAAUUAAUAAUAUCAGUAUGUUUGUAAUUGUAAUUUCCCCGAACGUGCUAUAAUUGUUAAAUGUUUAAUUGAUCGCGAAACAAACAAUAUACGAUUAAUGACAAAGGAAUUAUCAAAUCUAAGCCAGAAAUUAGUUGUAAAUUCUUAAGUCCCGU